ACCAGUGGGACGGUUGCGGCGCAUUUUAAGUGGAAGCACCAGGGAGUGUACACAUCUUCGAUUUUGUUGUCGCGUUCUUCUGAAAUGGUAGAGCCAAAUCCCAGAACCAGAGGAGGGUACUUUCUAGAGCAUGAGAUUUCAAUUUCAUCAAAGGUGUCUCUUUCCGCUAAAGCUCGUACGGCUUGGAAUGGUUACAAAAGAUCGAAACCCUAACUUUUCCUUUUGUGAUCGGGCUAUGGAAGAUAAGUAGAGAAUUUUCCCCUUAAAUGGUUAGUAGAAUUUUUCAUCAAAGCUGUAUCAUCUGUCGGUGAUGAAUUAUAGUUCCUCACCCCCUCUCGCUGUUUGAUUGAUUUACAUCGAGCAAGUAUUUCUUGAAAUUUCGGAACACUGCAAACAGACAAGCCUCUGUUCAGAUGGGAGAGUACAAUGGUGUAGCAUACGUGGGUAUUGAUGAGGCAAUUCCUCCCAGGGUUGAUAACUUCAAGAAGGUUUCUGUUCUACCUCUUGUUUUCCUCAUAUUUUAUGAGGUAUCCGGGGGUCCCUUUGGUGUGGAGGACAGUGUUCAGGCAGCUGGCCCCCUUCUAGCCCUUCUUGGGUUUCUGGUUUUCCCAUUCAUAUGGAGUGUUCCUGAGGCCCUAAUAACUGCUGAAAUGGGUACUAUGUUCCCAGAGAAUGGAGGAUAUGUUGUUUGGGUCUCAUCAGCUCUGGGACCAUAUUGGGGUUUUCAGCAAGGUUGGAUGAAAUGGCUAAGUGGUGUCAUUGAUAAUGCACUAUACCCAGUUCUGUUUCUGGAUUAUCUGAAAUCAGCAAUCCCAGCUUUAGGUGGUGGCUUACCAAGGAUAGCGGCCGUGUUAAUAUUGACUGUGGCUCUCACUUACGUGAACUACAGGGGUUUGACAAUUGUCGGAUGGGCCGCUGUGCUCUUAGGGGUGUUCUCAAUUCUCCCUUUUGUGGUUAUGGGGUUCGUGGCAAUCCCAAAACUGAAGCCCUCAAGAUGGUUAGUUGUAAACCUGCACAAUGUUGAUUGGGGUUUGUACCUUAACACUCUCUUCUGGAAUCUGAACUACUGGGACUCAAUUAGUACUCUUGCUGGAGAGGUUGACAACCCAAAGAAAACUCUCCCAAAGGCUCUCUUUUAUGCUUUGAUCUUGGUUGUUCUUGGAUAUUUUUUCCCUCUUUUGAUUGGUACCGGAGCUAUUCCACUUGACCGUGAUUUGUGGACAGAUGGUUAUUUCUCAGACAUUGCUAAAAUUUUAGGUGGAGUGUGGUUGAGAUGGUGGAUUCAAGGAGCUUCUGCAUUGUCUAAUAUGGGUAUGUUUGUAGCUGAGAUGAGUAGUGACUCUUUCCAACUUUUGGGGAUGGCAGAACGUGGGAUGCUUCCUGAGUUCUUUGGCAAGAGGUCUCGUUAUGGAACCCCUUCAAUGGGAAUAUUGUUCUCGGCUUCGGGGGUUAUUUUGUUGUCAUGGCUGAGCUUUCAAGAGAUUGUAGCUGCUGAGAACUUCCUGUACUGUUUUGGAAUGAUUUUGGAGUUUGUGGCAUUUGUGAGGUUGAGGAUGAAGUACCCAGCUGCCUCAAGGCCAUUUAAGAUUCCAGUGGGGACAGUUGGAGCCAUUUUGAUUUGUAUUCCUCCAACUGCAUUGAUCUGCGUGGUUUUAGCUCUUGCUUCUCUUAAGGUUAUGGUAGUAAGCUUAGCAGCUGUGGUGAUUGGUCUUGUUAUGCAGCCUGGUCUCAAGUACAUUGAGAAAAAGAAAUUGGUCAAGUUCUCUGAAAGUUCUGAUCUUCCAGAUAUUAAUCAAAAUCAUGAGAGUACUGAAUCCUUAGUGGAUUGAACAAAUGUUUAAACUUGAUGCGAAAUGACUAUCCUGAGUAUGUUGCAAACCAUUGUAUGCUUCAACACUCUUACAUUUCAUGUUCCCGAAACGGAUCCUAUCAAAUAUUUCACAUUUUCUA